UUAUCCAUCAUUCUCAUCUUUCCAGAUUAUUAAUUCAAUUUCGAGGACGUAACGGAACAAAAACGGCGCAUACGAGUGUGUGUUUGCACGAGUCUAUAGAUACUAUAUAUACAUACAUACGUAUGACACGACGUAUUGACAGCUGAACCGCUAGACGCGCUGAAAAAAGGGUGUCUAAAGAGGUUUGCUGAAGGCAAAAGGAAGCGACGACAGUUGUAGCACUUUCACCGACACGACGCGCUGAAAUAGAGAAUAGCGGCCAGAAACAAAAACUAGUGAGAUUUACAUACACAUAUAUGUAUGUAUGUAUAUGAAAAAGGAAGGAAAGGAGUAAAACAGUCAAACGAAAGCGACGCUUGACAGGCGUCGAGGCGCCACAAUUGAAAGCACACAUACAUACAUACACACACCCACGUAGAGGGAAAGAGAGAGGCGCGCAUAAACCACAAAAAAGGUGGCAGGCAACCGCUAACGGCAUAAGGCAACUGUGGAAUGACAUAGAAACAGUUAUUAAUUACUGAGUCGUAAACACGGACAAGCCCACUCCUCAACAUAUUACUAUUUAUAUUUAGACGCAAAUACAUAUCUCCAAUGCAGCUGAGGCGUACAUUUCAAACAUAUCUUAAUUUCUAAAAUCAUAAGUACAGUUAUAAACGCAACAGUGGAAUACUCAAAAAAGUAGCAGUUUAAGUGUUAAAAAGCGAUCAUCAACAAAUUAAAUAUUUAUUUAUAAACAAAGAACUCAGCACAACAACAAAAUGCGGCUGUUAAUAUUCAUUUUGGCCUGCUUGGCACCCUACAUUAAUGCAUAUCAUGUGUCAGCCGCCUCAGCGGGUGUGUCCUUCAUGAAUGAAAACUAUCUGGACCAGCGAAUGUCACAAGUGUUCAACACACAAAAUGUCGCAUCGAAGGCAUUGCGUAAUCGGCGCAUGUACGCCAUGUGUCCGCCACACUUCCAACGUGUCGGCUCCGAAUGCUAUUCGCUGCUGCCACAGGCCAGCAGCUGGCUGGAGGCGCAUUUCUUCUGCAAAGACAAGAACGCGAAAUUGGCGGAACCACAGAAUAGAGCCGAUCGGAAAUUGCGCGUUUUCCUCAAACAAUACGACGCACAGCGGGGAUUAACUGGUCCCAUUUGGAUUGGCGCCACCUACGAUUGGCAAAGCAAUGUGUGGCAGUGGAGCAUUAGCGGCAAGAACUUAACAUACGACUCCUUCAGUCGCAUGGAACCUGAGAUCAGACAGAACCUGGAAAACCAUUGUGCUGUGUAUGACCCAAAUCUAGACUAUAGAUGGUCUGCUCGCCCCUGUCCGGAUAGAUUCCGUUUCAUCUGUCAACAUAAAAUGCCAAAAGUCAGCGAGAAGAAUCGAGGCAAGGUCUAUACGCGUUGGAAUGCCACCUACCCCAAUGAGUAUGCGAAUGAAGUCAUAUUGGAAGUGAUGGAUCAGCCGGGCAAAAAUGGACGCAGAUCCAAUGUCAUCGUAAAGGCCGAUGGCAGUGACGAACAGAUCGUGCUACCGAAGCCACGCGGCAGAGCCGGACACAAUCGUGGACGCGCAGGACGUCGUCCAAACCGACCGACCACAAUCCAUCCGAACGAUAUCGAUGCACAAGCGACCUCGAACUCGCCAACAACUUUGGCACAUUACAACGAAAUACCGGUGCCGGCUACAGCAGCGCCAAACGCGCCCAACGCAGCCAGUCGGGCGCGAAACGGACAAAAGCAAAUGCCGCAUGAUCGUGUCGUAUGGCGACAACGGCAGAAGGAGAAGCGUCGUUUGGAGCGCAAGAGACAACGCGCACAACAAAUGCAAAAGGAGAAGGAACGCAAAUGGAACGAACAACGGCUGCGCAUACUGGCGAAUCAAGAGCGUGAACGACAACGGCACCUACAGGAACAAGAACAACAGGACCAACAACCGAAAUCAUACGAACAAACCGAAAAGCCGCGACGUGAACUGGAUGAACUGCGACAGCGCGAAGCCAUCGAUCUGGAACGACAACGCCAGCAGCAACUGGCCGAAGCGGAAGUCAAACGACGCGAAUAUGAAAGUCGGCAUCAAGAAUUGGAAGCGCUGAAGAAACAACUUGCCGAGGAAAAGAAGAAGCGCGACGAUGAAUAUAGCAGCGCAGAACGCAUACGACAGGAACGUAUCGAACGGCAGCGAGAACGUGAAGAGAAGGAGCGCAAGGAACGUGAGGAACAAAUGAAAAAAGAGCAAGAAGAACGCGCCAAAGAAGAAGCGAAGCGUGAACAAGAACGAUUGGAGACGGAGCGGCGACAGCUCGAAGAAUACGAAGAACGUUUGAAGCAAGCACGCGAUGAACGUGAACGUGAACUACACGAACAGCAGGAACGUAAGCGCCAAGAGGACGAAGCCAACCGACGACGUUUGGAGGAAGAAGAGAAGCGGCGACAAGAAGAGAUUAAACGACAAUUGGAGGAAGAAGAAGAACGCUUGAAACUAGAACAGCUGGAAGAAACACGCAAGCUGGAGCGACAGGAACUAGAACGACUGGCGGAAGAAAAUCGACGACGAGAAGAGAAACUACGCCAGCGACAGGAGGAGAUCGCACGCCGUGAAGAGGAGCAACGUAAAAUCGAAGAAGAAGAGGAGCGCAUAAAGAAGGAACUCGAAGAGGCGGAACAACGACGCAAGGCGGAACACGAAGCGCAAAUCAAGCAGGAGGAAGAAGCGGUCAAGGCGCGUGCCGAAGCCGAACAAAGAGCAGCCGAGGAGGAGAAACGUAAGCGCCAAGAGCGUUUCGAUGCAUUGAAAAAGCAAGAUGACGAACGCCUGCGCCAAGAGAAGGAAGAGAAGAAGCGCAAAUAUGCCGAGCGUCUGUCGCGCCUCUCACCGGAAGAUCAGCGCAAAUUCUUCGAAAUGCGCAAACGGCGAAAGGCCAAGAAGACACAAGAAUUGCUGCAACAAAAACAGGCAGGCAAUGGCGGCAACGAGGCAUACGAGGAAGAAUAGAGGAGUGGCGGCGGCGGGUGGAAAUUCAACAAAUCAAAAUGGAUAUUAGAAUUUAACGGUAUAUAACGGCUGAGUGGCAAAAAAUAUAUUUAUUUUUUUAUUUUUGUGUUUCGGCAAGAAACUCAAAGCUCCCAGCCAAGCCAAACAGUCGACUGUAUUUAUAUUUGUUUUGCUUGAUCCCCGCAAACUCAUGCGAAAUAUUAUUUAAUUAAAAUAAGUCAUAAGCAUAAAUACUUUUUUAUAAAUUUAAGUCGUUGCUGCCAUUAUUUCACUUGAAUAGUUGUACUCGUGAACGCUCAAUGUUGUUUUUUAGCUCCUUGCACGCUCUCCAUUUUAUAUUGUCACAUAUACAUACAUAGCUAACAUAUGCAUACAUACAUACACAUGUGUAUGUGUGUGUAUAAGUAAGAAGUUGAAAGCUAAUCUUUUAAUUGGUUUAAAAGAAAAUCUUGUUUAAUUCGUAAGAAAAAUUAGCGCUAAGGCACUACAUAGUAUUAGCUUUAGUAGCACACGAGCGGCGCUCCAGUGACUUCGUCUACUGCUCGGCAACUGCGCCAGCUACACUCGAUUGUAAAUUUACGAAAAAAUUAAUAUUAUUAAUUUAUAAGUGGGCAACAGGCAGCCGAAGAGGAUGAAAAAAAUUAA